UCAUAUGGGUGUUCCCGCUCUUCUCGUCCUCUUUCUGUACUCAUCUUUUCGUUUGCCCUGGUUCACUUUAUCAGCAGGCUCGUGUGGGCUGACAGAACAGAGAUCUGCUGUUUCCAGUGCUGGAGACCAGGUGGGAGUACCUGCGUGCAGGGAAUGCAUACAAGUAGCUGAGAGUUCAACAUCUGAAAAACAUCAAUGGAUAACCAUUUCACUUUUGAGGGCAGUGACGUGUCCUAUGAAGACAACGACUCAGCCCUCCCAUCUCCAGUGAGACUGACUCCACCAGGCCAGAUCUAUGACCUGGAGGGGAGGAUGCAGGAGGAGGAGAAUGAGCGAGCCAUGGAGGCCUUUGUCAUCCCCAGUGUUUCAGAGGCUUAUCUGAACCUGAACACCAACGCCACCACAAGAGGGGAUGCUCAGGCCUAUGUGGAGCUGAAUGAGCUCCAGGGCAGCACCUGGCAGGAGACCGGCCGCUGGGUGGGCUAUGAGGAGAACUUUAACCCUGCCACAGGAAAAUGGGGUCCUGCUCAUGUCUCCCAUCUCACCUUCAAGAGCCUGAUCCAGCUCCGCAAGGCCAUGGUCACAGGUGCUUUCAUCCUCGACCUGAAUGCCAGCAGUCUAUCUGCUGUGGCUGAGAAGAUGGUUGAUGAACUUCUGAACAUGAAUGAGAUUCGCCUCUCUGAUCGUGAUGACUUGCUGAGAGCUCUGCUCUUAAGACGCAGUCAGUCUGCAGGAGCUGAGGUUGGUCCCACUGGAGACAUUGAGAUGCAGACUUUUUCUGUCACCAAGAAGAGAGACACCUCUGACAACAUGGAGGCCUCAAUUGUCCUCUCAGGUGUAUUGGACACCCUGCAGAAACCAGUGGUGGCUUUUGUGAGGCUGAGGGACUCUGUUGUGAUGGAGUCCUCGCUGGAGUCUCCUGUCCCUGUUCGUUUCGUCUUUGCGCUGGUGGGGCCCAGCCAGAGUGGGAUAGACUACAGUGAAUGUGGCCGUGCCAUGGGUGCUUUAAUGGCUGACUGGGUGUUCUGUCUGGAGGCCUUCUUGGCUCAGACUGACAAGGAUCUGACCAACGCCAUCGCAGACUUCAUGGACUGCAGCAUCGUGAUCCCUCCCACUGAGAUCCAAGAUAAGGCGAUGCUUGACCCAAUCAUCAAUUUCCAGAGGAGGAUGCUGACUGACAGAGUCCGUCCCCUUGACAGCCGUCUUGCCUUUGGUGACAGGGUCAUAGUUGAUAAAGUUCCACAGGAGCCGCGAGAAGACCCCCUGGCCCGCACAGGCUAUCCCUUCGGUGGGAUGGUGAAGGACAUCAAGCGCCGUUACCGCCACUACAUCAGUGACUACACAGAUGCUCUGAACCCUCAGGUCCUCGCUGCCAUCAUCUUCAUCUACUUUGCUGCCCUGUCCCCAGCCAUCACUUUCGGAGGACUUCUGGCUGACAAAACAGACAAAAUGAUGGGCGUGUCAGAGCUUAUGAUCUCCACCAGCAUCCAGGGUGUCAUCUUCUGUUUCGUCGCCGCCCAGCCUGUCCUUGUCAUCGGAUUCUCCGGACCACUGCUUGUGUUUGAGGAAGCUUUUUAUGCUUUCUGCAAGUCCCAGCACAUUGAGUACAUUGUAGGCCGUGUCUGGGUGGGGAUGUGGCUGAUAGUGAUCGUGGUCAUCAUUGUGGCUGUGGAAGGCAGUUUCCUGGUCAGAUUCAUCUCCCGCUUCACUCAGGAAAUCUUCUCCAUCCUCAUCUCUCUCAUCUUCAUCUAUGAGACCUUCAGUAAACUUAUCAAGAUCUUCAAAGCUCACCCUCUGAUUCUGAACUACGAACAUCUGAACGACACAAUGGACAACCCUUUCCACCCAGUCAUUAAGGAGCAUGUGGAGAAGCAUCCCGAUGGCAACAUAACCAUUCGUAAGCUGGAGACUGAAAGGCCCUACCCCAACACUGCCCUGCUGUCUAUGUGCUUGAUGUUUGGUUGCUUCUUCAUUGCGUACUUCCUCCGCAUGUUCAAGAAUAGUCAUUACUUCCCCGGCCCACUCCGUCGUUUGAUUGGAGAUUUCGGUGUCCCCAUUGCUAUUUUCUUCAUGAUUGCUGUGGAUAUCAGCAUUGAGGAUGCUUACACUCAGAAACUAGUUGUGCCAAAAGGCAUUCAGGUGAGCAACCCCAAAGCCAGAGGCUGGUUCAUCAACCCCAUGGGACAUAAACAGCCUUUCCCCAUCUGGAUGAUGGCUGCCUGCUGUAUACCAGCAUUGCUUGUCUUCAUUCUUAUCUUCCUGGAGUCACAGAUUACUACGCUGAUUGUAAGCAAACCUGAAAGGAAGAUGGUGAAAGGAUCCGGUUUCCAUUUUGAUCUUCUCCUCCUGGUCACCAUGGGGGGCAUCUCCUCUAUCUUUGGAGUGCCCUGGCUUAGUGCUGCCACUGUGCGAUCUGUCACCCACGCCAACGCACUCACUGUCAUGAGCAAAGGCCCCAAACCAGAGAUUGAGAAGGUGAUAGAGCAGAGGAUCAGUGGCAUCUUUGUGGCCAUCAUGGUUGGUGUUUCUAUUUUCAUGGAACCUAUUCUGAAGAUGAUUCCGAUGACAGCCUUGUUCGGCAUCUUUCUCUACAUGGGUAUCACUUCUCUGAGUGGAAUCCAGAUGUGGGACAGGAUGCUUCUGUUGAUUACACCAAAGAAAUACCAUCCCCCUGAUGCCUACGCUACCAGGGUGAGCACAUUGCGGAUGCAUCUCUUCACUCUGAUCCAGCUCGUGUGCCUGGCUGUCCUGUGGAUGGUGAAGAUUAGUCCCUUCUCCCUGGCGCUGCCUUUUGUUCUCAUUCUCACCGUCCCUCUACGCAUGGUCAUGACUGGCACACUCUUCUCUAAGUUUGAGAUGAAAUGUCUGGACGCAGAUGAUGCCAAAGUGACGUUUGAGGAGGAACCUGGGGUAGAUGUGUACAAUGAGUCCCCUCUGCCAUAAACAACACCAUAUCAUCCAUGUUUCAUUCACAAACUGCCAGUAAUUAUGUAACAAUUUCACAUCAGGUGUCUUUCACAAUAUGUAUUUGUAAACGUACACAGUUGCAAACUUUUCUGUUUUGUUAUUAUUAUUUAUCUUUAAAGGAAAUUACCUCUCAUUUCUAGAAAACAUACAUCAUUUCCACAGCUGAGUCUGUGUGUGUGAGACCCUGAACCACAAGAGAACCAAUAAUACAGUCCAUAUUGUCAUCAAGAUAUGCAACAUCAUGUUUUGUCUAGGAAAAAAAAAAUUGAUUUAUUUAAAUGAGAAGUAUUUUCCCUUAAGAUGUGAGGGAAAUCCAUUUUUAAGAUUUUUUUUCUUUUAGUGCAUAACUACACGAGCUUUAAAGUGACUAGCAGUGAUGCUGCAUUGUAGAUCUGUGAGUGUGAUUCCACCUGACUUAAUGUUCAUUAUUUAAGUUAAGCAACUUUAAUCUAUUCAGGUCUUUACACAUGCACAUAUAAUGAAUUUCCAUGGGAUUGUCCUACCUGCCUUUGUCCCCAUUAGCAUUUCCUUUGUUUUAAAUUGAGUUACUCAAGUUUGUCUCAUUGAUAAUUUUUGAUGUAUGGUUUACUGAACUGAACGUUUGCUUUCUGUUUAGCUGACCUGUUUAGAAUUUGUAUAAAAAUAUGUGUAAUGCACUUAUAUCUGAUUUUAAGUGUGUACUUGCUUCCAUGAUUAUAAAAUAGGAUUAAUAAUAGGUAGAUAGUGGAUGAUUAAAUGUUUUUCUUUUUUUUUUUGAGAAAAUUGUUGCAUAUAAUCAGGGAAAAACUUAUUUGUAAAUGUGCCUUGUUGUGCCUGUUCAUGUGUUUGUGUGUUUGAAACACUGUACAGUAAAUGCUUGAUUGGAUUGGAAGGAUUUUCACUUUAUUAAAAAUAAAAACAUCCAUUAAAGUGCA